AUGUUAACCAUGCGAAGAAAACUUGUUGCUCCGCUUUGGCGCUCGGCUUUGAGCAGAAGAGGCAAUGCGACAGCGGCUACCCCAAGAUUGCCUCUAGCGGGAAUCAGAGUCUUGGACAUAUCUCGAGUUCUCGCCGGUCCAUAUUGUGCGCAGAUUCUCGGCGACCUAGGAGCCGAAGUCAUUAAGAUCGAACAUCCGAUACGAGGCGAUGAUACGAGAGCAUGGGGACCUCCCUUUGCACCUUAUAAAGAUGGACGAGGCGGCGAGGGCGAAAGUGCAUAUUAUUUAUCGGUGAACCGAAACAAGAGAUCCGUAGCAGUCUCAUUCAAGGAAAAAGAAGGGGCAAAACUGAUCCAAACUCUCGCCGCUAAGGCCGAUGUCAUCGUCGAGAACUACCUGCCCGGAACUCUGAAGAAAUACGGGCUCGACUACAAUACACUUGCCAAGACCAACCCUCGGCUUAUCUACGCGAGUAUAACCGGAUAUGGUCAGACAGGUCCUUACAGUAAUCGUGCAGGUUUCGACGUCAUGGUCGAAGCUGAAAUGGGUCUGAUGCACAUCACAGGCCCACGAGAUGGACCACCAGUGAAAGUCGGCGUUGCAGUGACUGACUUGACGACUGGACUAUAUGCAGUCAAUAGCAUUCUAGCUGCAGUGAUUGAGAGAAGCCACUCUGGUCAAGGGCAGGCUUUGGAUGUAUGCUUAAGCGAUUGUCAAGUUGCGACUCUGGCGAACAUGGCGCAAUCUGUGUUGGUGACGGGGAAGAGAGAUGGGGGACGAUAUGGCACAUCACAUCCAUCUGUCGUACCAUACCGCGCAUUCCGCACUAAAGACGGCGACAUCUUGAUCGGUGGUGCCAACGACCGACUGUUCGGCGUUUUGUGCAAAUGUCUUGGUCAAGAAGAAUGGGCGGACGAUGAGCGCUUCUCAACAAACUCAGCACGAGUAGCGAAUAGAGAUGUGCUCGAACGAAUGAUCGAAGAUAUUACGAGUUCCAAGCUCUCGAAAGAGUGGCUUGAUAUCUUUGAGGGUACCGGUCUCGCGUAUGCAAAGAUAAACGAUAUCAAGGACACACUGGAACAUUCACAUGUUGUCGCGAGGGACAUGAUCAAAGAGAUCAAGCAUCCCGCAUGUGGCCAGUUGAAAGUGCUGAACAGUCCGGUCAAGUACUCCAGAACCCAACCUUCGAUCCGUACACCGCCUCCACUACUGGGAGAACAUACUGAUGAGGUACUGAGAGAUGUGCUGGGGCUAGAUCCAACUGAGAUCAAGAGGUUGAGAGAGAAUAAGGCUGUCGGUGGAUAA